GGUGGAAGUAUCUGCAGUCGUGGACAGACCGAAUACGAAGGCCAGGCGACGUAAAACCGUACACAGGCUUCCCAUUUGGAAUUCUUUGCCGAUAGUGUGAAGAUUAAUCACGGAAACUGGGUCCAGCGUGUUACGUAGGACCACCGCACUGAACUACUGUUCAGCCCUCGAGGGAGUUGCUGUUGUUCAUUUUGCGAUCUUGAUUUGUCUGGGGCCCAUUCUGCUCACCUGGCUCUGCACGAGCGAGAAGGAUGCCAGAACUAAGACAGAAAACGGUGGCCGGGAGGAAGACCUUCAUGGUGUUAACAUAGCAAACCAGACAGUUGACCACGUGUUGGGAACCUGUAGAGACGGACAACCGGAUACCUGGGAACCGAAGAAUACGGCAAACGCUUGCGGCAGUGUACACCUCUCAAAAGCAUUAAUAGGAUGAUGUUUCAAUUUGCAAAAAAGGAAUCUUGGUGACGGGGGUAAACGUAGUUUACUCGGAGAAGUGCCGUGAAACAUGUAAAGGGCCCAUCUGGGACCUUCAACUGACUGGCGCAAGGCGGGUACUAGGAAUGGCGUGAUGCCUGGAAUGAUGGCUAACUGCGGCAAGAUAGCUCUACAGACAGACAAACAAAUACAUAGGGAAUCACCUGUUUCCAUCUAUCCGCGGCAGUGUAUCAAAUUACUCAACUGGUAAUCUAGGAAGGAGGCAGCAGUCCAAGUCAGGCAGCCAAAAAUAUGCCAAGCGAGGAUAGGAUCGCGUUUCGGACCUUUCGUCUGUGUCAGCCAGCAACCAGCACACUCUAGAAUCACGUUCAAAUCCUGCAUUUGUCGACGGUGAAACAGAGUUUCAUCCACUUUCACCUUCCCGAAAAUAGCUGUAACAAAACACCUGCGUCGACGACGAAACACCUCCUCCCGUCAGGUAAUUUCCUGUGUGUCCAACACGUUUCCGCAAAGGUUUGCACAUCUGUCAAGGACAGCGCCUCCUUACAUUCAAAGUCAGCCUACAAGAUGGCUCUAGUUUUAGCUCUUGUCCUCGUGGUUUUGCUUGGUUUGACCAGUGCGUCAUCCGCGCAAGACAUCGAUCUCGUCGACUUGUUCGCUUCGGGCGGGUCCCCAACCGGUAUGCUCUUCGAACUGCUUGGCGACACGGACAACUACCGAGUGCGCGAUGUUCUGCAGCAGAUCCCUUUAGCGAUGCUGACGCAGUCCGACGAGUUCAAACAGACCAGCGCAACUGUUGCUGAGACCGCCGGCUUCGACUGUAAUCUUACCGGCGUUGACCCCGCAUGCUUUCUGGAAGAGUUCGCGGGUCACGUAGGAGCUCCUUGGAAAACCAGAGAGAUCGAUACCCAGAAAGCGGCGGAUCUGGUGACGCGUUUUCUUCAGCCGCACGGCCUCACGAUGUCUGGAGCCAUAGCACUUUGCAUUAUUUCACCAGCCGCAAUGCCUUUCCUGACUGACACUGAGACGUCGGGGAUAUCCGCGGCCAGCGUCAUCAAUGAGGCAAAGACAGCGUGCAGAAAAUCAGUUUGAGGACCUUUCUUGUUUACUUCUGGAGUCUCGUCGAUCUGUUAGGAGACACGGUUUGCUGCCGAAAUAAACUCAGGUUUUUUGCCUU